CUGAUUAAAGAAGCCGCCACUCCCCUGGUCUCCCCAGUGACGGCGAGAGAGCGUCACCCUCCCUCCUUCCACCGCCACCUUCAAAUUUCUCCACCUUCGCAUCCUUAAACCCUAAAGCGCCAUGGCUCAUCCUCUCCUACUCCUCUCUCUCCCCAUCCUCCUCUCCUCGAUCCCUGCCUCGUCCUCCUUCCAGAACCCCGCCGACCUCUUCUUCCCCGGGUUCCGCUCCGCCGCCGCCGGCAACAUCACCCUCAGCGGCGUCGCCGAGAUCGAUAACCAUGGCGUCCUCCACCUCACCAACGUGACGAGUCGCCUUAUGGGCCACGCCUUCUACUCCUCCCCGCUCCGGUUCAAGGACUCCCCCGGCGGCGACGUCUCCUCCUUCUCCACCUCCUUCGUCUUCGCCGUCGUCCCCGAGUACCCGAAGCUCGGCGGCCACGGCCUUGCCUUCGUUGUCUCCCCCUCCAGGGACCUCCCGGGUGCCCUGCCCAGCCAGUACCUGGGCCUCCUCAACGCGAGCGACAUCGGUAACUUCUCCGACCACCUCUUCGCCGUCGAGCUCGACACCGUCCAGGACUUCGAGUUCGGCGACAUCAACGACAACCACGUCGGGAUCGACAUCAACAGCCUGGCCUCUAACGCUUCCGCUCCGGCGGCCUAUUACGCUGCCGGCGAUGACUCGACCAAGCUAGAUCUGAAUCUGAAGAGUGGGAAGGCGAUUCAGGCGUGGAUCGAUUACGAUUCGGGCGAGAAGGUGAUCAAUGUGACGAUUGCUCCUAGUUCAGUGAAACCCAAGAGGCCAAUCUUGUCCUUCAACGUGGAUUUGUCCCCGGUUUUCCGCGAGUUCAUGUUUGUUGGGUUCUCUGCUUCGACUGGUCUGCUCGCGAGCUCUCAUUACAUGAUGGGUUGGAGUUUCUGCAUCGAUGGGGAAGCGAGAGCUCUUGAGAUUUCGUCUCUGCCUCCAUUGCCAGGCGGCGGGAAGAAGCAUCCCCACACAGCUCUGGCAAUAGGAAUCUCGGUGUCAUCAGUUGUUCUUGCAGUGUCCGCGGUUUUUCUUGCGGUCCUGAUAGUUCGGACGAUCAAGAACGCUGAUGUGGUCGAGCAGUGGGAGCUCGAAACCGGUCCCCACCGAUUCACCUACCAAGAACUCAAGAAAGCCACCAAUGGGUUCAAGGAAAAAGAGCUCCUCGGGCAAGGCGGGUUUGGCAAAGUGUACCGAGGGACCUUGCCAAGUUCCAAGAUCCAGGUCGCGGUGAAGCGGAUCUCGCACGAGUCGAAGCAGGGCCUCCGUGAGUUCGUGUCGGAGAUCUCGAGCAUCGGGCGGCUCCGCCACCGGAACCUAGUCCAGCUCCUGGGUUGGUGCCGGAAGAGGGGCGAUCUUUUGCUGGUGUACGAGUACAUGGCCAACGGAAGCUUGGACAGGUACCUGUUCGACGUGCCUAAGCCUAAGGCCACUCUGGUCUGGGAACAGAGGUUUCGGAUAGUGAAGGGCGUUGCUUCCGGCCUCCUUUAUUUGCACGAGGGGUACGAGCAAGUGGUCAUUCACAGGGAUGUGAAGGCCAGCAAUGUGUUGCUGGAUGACGAAUUGAACGGGAGGCUCGGCGACUUCGGGCUCGCAAGGCUGUAUGAUCACGGGUCGAACCCGGGCACGACCCGGGUGGUAGGCACGCUGGGGUACCUGGCCCCGGAGACGCCGAGGACCGGGAAGACGAGCAUGAGCUCGGAUGUGUUUGCCUUCGGGGCCUUCUUGUUGGAGGUGGCUUGCGGGCGCCGGCCGAUCGAGCAAGAGGCCGGGCCGGAGGAGCUGGUGUUGGUGGAUUUGGUUUGGGAGAGGUAUAAGGAAGGGAGGGUUCUUGAUUUGGUGGAUCACAAAUUGACAGGCGAGUACAACGAGGGCGAAGUGAUGGUGGUGUUGAGAUUGGGGUUGCUGUGUUCAAAUUGUAACCCAAUGGAAAGACCUACAAUGAGGCAGGUGGUAAGGUACUUGGAUGGGGAGAUCGACGUGCCUGAGGUCGUGAGCGGACCGGGCGGCUUCGCUUGCUCGAAAGCGGGCCAAGAACACGGGUUCGAGGAUUUCCAGCUCGCCUAUCCCUCUUCCUCCUUCGACAGGAUGAGCUUGCCCUCCUUCGUGGCGAACCGAGACGCCAGUUUCGCCUCGUUUUCGGCUUCCCCUAUCUCGAUCCUCACCGGCCGAGGAGAUAGUGGGUAGCGACUGAAUUACUAAAGUUGGGAAAACCAUCCGCUCUUUAUAUAAAGUGAAUGGGAAAAAGCAGAACCAUUUUCAACGGAUG